CCACACCGACUUUCAACUCUACCCCAUCGUGUUGGGCGUCACCUACCCACUCAGAUUCACAGCACAGAUGGGCUCAAUUUACACAACAGUGACUCUGACAUUGGAGCGCUAUUUGAUUGUUCUAGUACCUCUUAAAGCCAGAAUUUUUUGUACCUUUGGCAAAACACGGAAAAUCAUUUUCGGUGUCUUUUUAUUCUCCACAAUCUUCAACAUACCCCGAUGUUUCUUCUACCGACUGAUGCUGUCACCCCAGGCAAUGUCAUUAGCACAAUUCAACAUGUCACAAGAGGUCACAUUGAAUGCCACUUCCGGUCUAGACAGUCCAGUACUUGAAGAGGGUCAAGACGACCCAGGACUGGGCGGCACUUACCUGUGGCUGUAUGUGCACGUGUAUGAGAUGUACGUGAGUGGUGUGUUCUUCUACCUGCUGCCGUACGCCAUCAUUCCUGUUCUCAACCUUCAGCUACUGUUGGCCAUCAACAAGCGACGUCAUGAAACACGGAUGAUUAGCCUAAAAAACCAGCCCCACUCCCCCCGGGCGACUGACCAGGAAGACGGACUCACUAUGAUUGUCUUGGGAAUCACAGCUUGUUUCUUCGUCUGCUGCCUCAUACCAGCUAUUUAUAACUUGACCCAGAUCUCUGACCUGCAAUACAGCGCUUUGGUGUUUAAGUUUUUAUUGAUAGCCAGCGACACCAUGCUUUGUAUCAACGCCAGUGCCGACUUUUUCUUCUACUGUCUCCUGGGACGGAAGUUCCGUAACAUCUUUUUGCACAUGGUUUGUCCCAAGAAGUACCUAAAGAGGUCAAGGACGGUCAUCAGCCUGAGUCACAGUUACUGCAGACCAAACCGGACAAACAGUGAAACCUGCUAUCAUUCUGUUUGAUGACGUCAGAUAAUGAAUAUCGUCGCCUGUCAACAAGACACGUCAAACGGCAGCAAACAAACACAUAACACUCACAUAACAAACACAUAACACUCACAUAACAAACACAUAACACUCGUUUUUAUACACAUGUGUCUGAUAAAUGACUCAUUAUUUCCGAUGUCUGACUAAAACAUGUAUUUGUUGACUGAAUAGCCAAGUUGUUAAAAAUUAGCGACAAUAUAUUGACCAUGUUAGGAGUCAAGUCAACUCUGUCUAAAAUAUAAUGCUGGUGUCGGGUACUCAUAAGCAACUCAAUGUGAACUGACUCUGCUAGAUCACAGUUCACGAUGUCAUUUAGUUCUGGUGAAUCAAACAAUGCAAACAUUACUGCGUGUUUUCUCUCUCAUGUAAACAAUGGUUGGUACAAAUGUAAUUUGAACACACCGAUUGGUACAGUCAGCUCAGUAAACAAUGGUUGGUACAAAUGUAAU